AUGAUCACGCAUCUUCCAUGCGGGGUGGCGAUGAAGCUCAAUGCGUCGUUCAGCUUGGACGCCUCUUGCCCAGCAGCGUGUCCACUCCUUGCAGAUCCCACCAGCAAGUCGAAAAAGGAGUUUUGCAUCAGCAAGUGUGUGGUUGCGGACCAGUGUGCAUAUAUCAAUGCUGAGGCACCCGUUCCUGACGAAAAGCUUGGCUCUUGCCGCGGGCCUAUAGUGCCAGGUUGCGAGGAACAUAGCUUGGAUGGCACUGACACCUGUCUUCGGUGCGGUGCCUUCCGCGUCUUGGAAAAUGGGAAGUGCCACCUUUAUUACAAGAAGACAGCCUAUGGAGUUCUUGCACUUCUGGUCGUAGUGGUGCUCGUGCUUCUCUGGAUUCUUGGAGAUCUGAUGCUGCGGCCUGCGACCAAUGAAACAAACUUGGAGGAUGCGCUCAACUAUCGAUCCAAGCAGAAGUUUCGCAAGCCGGACUCCGAUGGAACCGGCCGUCAUUUGUAUGCAUUGUCCACCAACCUUUGCAACACAAUCAUCGGUGGACCUGGUCUCGCUCUCCACUUCCGUUUUCAGGCGGUUUUGAUUUGCUGGGCUGCUGUAGUUGCAGCAAGUUGGGUGUUGCUCGCCCUCCUGACGGAUUAUGAUUUAUUGGUUUUGGGCACCAAAGAAUUUGGUACCGCGUUUCGGAACUGUGUUCUGGUUGCGUGGGGCCGGUCGACUCAACGAAGGCUGAUGUUCGUCAAGGAGAGUUUUGUGAUCAUCGUCUAUAUUUUUUCCGUUGUUGGCAGCAUAAUUUUUGGAAUUCAACAGCUUAGAUUUUACCAGCAGCUGGACGAACAAAAUGACACAAUGAAGGACUAUGCGGUGAUUAUUUCCGAUUUGCCAAGUUUAGCUGGAACCGAACCGGUUGAACAAGAGCUCAAGGAGUGCUUGGAGACGAGCACCUCACAAACUGUCGUUGGCGUGUCUAUUUGUUGGGCCUACAGGGAGCAAAAGGACACAAUUCAUGUUGAGAUGAUGAAGUCGCUGCACAAGCAGCAAGGUCAGAGAGUCACGCACUUCCAGCAGCCAGUUGAGGAGAUGGGGCCGUUCAGGCGGAGGCUCUUCGAGAUUGAGAAGAUGAUUCUCUCAGAGGGCGAAGAGCAAGAAGUAUCAGAAGCUGAGCUGAAAGAGUUGGUCCAAUCCAUCAGGAGCAGUUCAAUGGCCUUUGCAGUGUUCGACACUGAGCAGGCAAGAGACGAGGCUGUCCAGCUUCUAUCCAAUGGAUUGAUCUUCCGCGACCACACGGUCAGAGUCAAAGCAGCCACCCUUGAGCCGCAUGGAGAACCUCGGACCAAUCAGUUGCUGCCAUCGCUGAUCCAUUGGGGCCAGGCAUGGCCAGUCGUCCGGCACUCCACCAUGGUGAUCGGUGCGGCAGCAGAUGAGCUUGCUCGACAGGCUAAUGCAGUCGCGCAGAUUACCAGCGAGUCGGAUCCAAUUGCAUGGAUCACAGGUGAAGAUGAUGAUUAUGUCAUGCCUGACUUUGCACCGUUACCGCCACCCUUGCCAAUUCCAUUAGCUGCUUUGACGCCUUGGGGUGCUUGGGGAAGCAGUACCAGCAGCUCUCAUCGUCCUUUUGCAGUGGAUCCGGAGGUCAACGUGAAACUGAUCCUUUGGCAGGGAGAUAUUUGCAGCCUCGAGGUUGAUGCUCUGCUGGCUCCAGUUGCUGCUGGCUACGUUCCCGGAUGCAGCACAGUCUUUGGGCGCAUGCUUCAGCAUGGGGGACAGGACCUCAUGGAGGAGCUGCGGCAUUUGGACAGCUGUCGCAGCGGUGAGGCUCGCAGUUGUAAGUCUUAUGGCAUGCCUUGCCAACGGCUGCUCCUCACAGUGGGCCCAAAGUACAAGGAGAAGUACCAGGUGGCGGCGCAAAACACGCUGAACGCUUGCUAUCGAGAAUGCAUGCAGCUGCUUGCAGAGUCGGGGCUUAAAACGGUGGCCAUACCGUGCUUCUGGUACAGCAAAGGUUUCCCUUUAGAUGAGCAGGUUCAUGUUGCACUGCGGACCUUGAGGCGCUGCAUCGAAAAGCUUUAUGCUUCAAUCGAUGCGGUCGUGCUAGUUGCAGGAAAUGCAGCCGAGCUUGAGCUCUUUGAAAGUUUAUUACCUUUGUAUUUCCCAAGAACCGACCAUGAAGCCAUGCAUGCCUCAUCCGUACUCCCCGAAAGUUGCUGGAACGAGUGGGGUGAAGUCAGCAUGGAAGAGCGGCGCAUUCGUGUGUCCCAACACUUGAUCUCCGAACAAGAAGACUGCGAGGACAGUGAUCUGUGGUUCGGAGGUGACGAUGAUAAGUCCUUCCUCCAUGCUCGUGAUGAUGCUGAUUUUGCUGCUAUGAAACGCUUAGAGGGCACCAUGAUCAAUGCUAGCAGCAUUGAGGAGGCAGGUCACAUUUGCCUUCGAUAUCUGCGAAGAGCUCGAGAGAUCCAGAGCCUCAGCGAGCCAUCUCGCUUCGUGUACCAGAGUGGGCAAGACUGCUUUGGUCGCCACGUGGUGAUAUUGCUGGGAGCUCGCUUGCCACCUUUGGGCCUUCAGGAUGAGAGGACUAUACCUCUCUUUGUCAAGGAGCUUGAGGCUUUGCAGCGUGAGAAGUUCCUCCUCCUCUAUGUGAACAGUGAAGUGGACAACACGGACACAUCGAUUUUGGAAGUUCUGCAAGAGAUGCUUGCAGUCAUCCAAGCGAAGUUUCGAAAUUCCUUGGCGCAGCUCCUAGUGCUACAUCCAGGCUUCAUGUUCCGGGCAGCCUUUGCACUUGGCAGAGCAAUCACUGAGGAGGCUGCAAGUGUUUGGCAUGACAGUGUUUAUUUGGAGUCCAUUGCAGAUUUGGCUUCAGUGCUCAAUGCGAGCCGGCUGUACUUGCCAGACUUCGUGCGGUACAGUGAAGACGGUAUUUUGCUCGCUGAUGUUGACAGCUUUGUGCAAAAGUUCGAGAGCUAUGCCCUGCAAAGAUCAAUGGGGCAGCAGCUGAUCGAGUACGCGUGGCCGUGUACUUUCAUUGUACCGUUCUUGGCAGAGCCUUGUGCAGUGAUCUUCCUGUUCUCCCGGAUUUUCAUGCUCCUGGUGGGCAGUCAUCCGGAGCUGAAAGUCUGGGAAUGCCGGAACUGGCUGGCAGCCCUAGAUCUGGAACUUGGGCGCUAUGCAGAUUGCUUGGUGAAUGUCUACCUUGCAACCAUGGUGUUUCUGUUUCCGGGUGGCUACACUCAAUGGAUCUUCUUCUAUCUUGCUGUGUCUCAUAUCUAUAUUUAUGUAUAUGACCACUACCGAGUGCUUCGGGUGGUGCCAAGAGCUACCUUCAGCUCCAUGAACAUCGACUUCUGUGCACAGGCGCUCCUCGCACCUGCCUGUGGAAUUUUGUUGGUGGCAAUCAUUUUCAAGGGAAAUUGCAUGGCAGGCUCUUAUUGUCUUGAUGCAGCCCCCCUACUGAGCACAUGUUUCUUUGCGUUCCUGGCUCAUUGUGCCAUCCACAUAUUUCUUCUCUCGUGCCUUGUGCCCCUCUUUGGACUCAGAGAGAAGGGAUAUAGAAAAGAUGCGAAGAAAUACAGCGAAGUUGCAGCUUCGGAACCAUGCAGCUGGUUCUCCGCCAAUCCCAUACACUGCCUCAGGUCCAAGUUUGUGUUUAACCAUUCGCCACCGUGCAGCUAUUUUAUGGCUGGUCUUGAGAGUAAGAUGGAGGUCAAUGAGAGUAUUGGAUGCUUCUUCAAAGAGAAUGCCGCGGUUGUAGAAGACGCUCGAAGCUACUACAUGCCAAAAUGGAGAGAUGUGAAUACAUUCUUGAGGAAGUGGCUGGUUUGA